AUGAAAGUAUCCCCAACAGCUUCUGGACUGAGGCUUAAACGCAACUGGAUUCGCCGUAAAGAUGCUCUUUGUGAGAGUAUACUCUAUUUGAGCAAGCUUUCAAUUAAUUCGCAAUUGGAAGGGAUCAAGCCAAGGGUUCGCGAACUGAUUUCCUACUCAAUUCGACUGUUUGAUUACUUGGAGGGUCGGUUUGACGUUUCACGACAAAAGUACGUUCCGUUCCGUGUGCUUGAAGGGCGUAUCAACGAUUUCCUUGAUAAUAUCAUGAUAUCUACCCUCCAAGAGGCGGGCUACCCAGGACAGAUACCUUACGACACCGAAGAGCUCAUACGCUGCAGUCAGACUACGGAUUUAGUGUUACCUACCCUGAACUUAGUCGGAAGUCUCAAACAAAUUUGGAAGGAAAAGGUGAUUUAUGGACUGAGAGAAUACGCAUGGAUUUACCGUAUGUUGGGGCUCACAAUGACCUACUUGAAUUCCCAACCACUGCCAGCUUGUCAACUGGGCCUCAACCGUCUCGUCCAGGGCUGUUCUGAUGACUUCGUGGGACCAGACAAACUACUGACCGUGGGUCAUUUUUGUCCCAACUAUUGCUCAAACGUGCUCCGAGGCUGCUUGGCUCCUCCGCUCUUAUUUUGGCCCAUGGAGAUGGAUGGAUCAGAUCUGGAUGAACAGGGUAAAAGUCAAACGCCUUGGCAACGCCUUCUUGCUUCACCAAGGCAAGGACCGGCAAGAAAUCAAAUCCAGGCCGCGUUUGAUCAACUUCUGUCGUCUUUGAAUGCCACCGGAUUGAUGAAUCUGAUUUCGCUUGGUCUACAGAAUGCUCACCAGGACCUUCGUCGAAUCGUGAAGGAGUUAGAACUGUUUUGUGGCGACGGAGUCUUGCGGAAGAAGCAGUUGGCCGUGGAACCACCAGAAAUUCCGGAUAAAAUAAACGAUGAACAGUCUACGGCUGAAAUAAAGAAGAGACAAGAGGAACUGGUGGAGUUUAUGCGUAGUCUCGGUCAACGACUGACAACGUUGGCCAGGGAGUUGACAGAUGUGGACCAGUAUGUGUACAGGAUUGAGGAACGGUUUUGUCGAUCCGGAAGCAAGCAGAAUCAAGCGACGACCGUGUGCUGGAAUGGUACUCAUUAUGGCAGGUACGAUAAACCUGUCGCACCAUUCACACAAGAUGGACAGUUCCACAAUCCGGAGGUCCCAUUCAACGGUAAGAAGCAUCAGUCGUACACCGUCGUCAAUCGCCCUCUGGAGGUUGAAAGACCACUGAGUGAUCCAGAUCAAAGCGUCCCGUCCUCACAAAUUUCGCUGCCCACAUGGCCUGAUCUACCCGAUUCCAGUGGUUUCUCACCAGAAUCCGAAGACGAGUUGAUUCGUCUGCCACAGUCACUGAACGAAGCGAUGAACUUCCCACCGGUGUUUCCCGACUUGCCUUCUCCACAACCUAAACCGGUGAUGGAACCAAAUUUGGUUGGUGGGUGCUCCCCAGAUGACGAAGAUUGCCUCCUACCUGGGCAGCACGAGUCUCAAGCAUCGAUCACUUUCAACAAGGAAGCAGGUUCUAAUCAAACACCAGGACCUGGGUGGAUGGAGUCAACGUCAACAACUUCAGCGCUCAACUCCACAUCAAUCAUCAAAAAUGCUGAUGUGUAUGAUACUAAGGGCGUGAUUCCAAGGACCGGAACGUCGUCAGAUCAAACAUCAGUGGUUGUGGCAAAGAAGGGCGAAAUUGCGCCAAUUUUGCCCAACCGUGUACUCAUAACGACUGGUUUCGCGCUUUUUUAUGUGUCUUAUUUCCGAUAUUUUUCUGAUUCAAAUACAUCAUUUUCUUGACCGC